AUGUGCCUGCGACAGAUUGCGCAUUUUGCAGUGUUGUGUGUAGUUCUUCCGCUCGCAGCGUUGCAUCCACUAGCGACAUUGCGGGAUGCACCCGUACCGGAUCAACCGGCGGACGUGUCGGGUGAUAACUUCGAGGGUGAUAUAUUGCUCUCCGAGGAGCAGCUUGCGGGGUUGUUGAAACGUACCGGCAUGUACCUGCCUACGUUCAUCUGGCCGGACAGCACAGUGCCUUACGAAAUAGUGUCAACGGACUUUACUUUCGAGCAGACGAACGCCAUUCAGAGUGCGAUGCGUACAAUCGAGCAGAACACCUGCAUUCGUUUCGUUCCGGCCACUACCACUACUGUCGAUUUCAUACAAAUCUCGGCCGGAACUGGGUGCUCGUCGUUUGUCGGACGUACCCGCGGUGCCCAGGCAUUACGGCUACAGCCGAGUGCCGUCGGUACCGGGUGCUUUGCGCACGGUACGAUCGUCCAUGAGCUUAUCCACGCGCUCGGCUUCUACCACAUGCAGAGCGCCACCGAGCGUGACAAUUAUGUGGACAUUCUGUGGCAAAACAUCACACCGGGACAGGAAGGUAACUUCCAGUCGUAUGGCACCGAUCGCAUUAUCAACUAUGGAGUCGGGUACGACUAUGGUAGUGUUAUGCACUACAACACCCACGCAUUCAGUGCCAACGGACAGCCGACGAUCCUUCCGAAGGUGGCUAAUGUGGCAAUUGGACAGCGCGACGCGAUGAGUCCGGGCGACAUUCAACGCAUCCGGAACAUGUAUAACUGCUGA